AAACCUCAAAAAGGGAAAUCUGACAGGAAGAAGCAUUUCCAUAGCCUUGAGGCCCGUGAUUACAAGGAAGACAGCCCCCAAACAUCAGUUCCGGAUCAGCUAUACUUCCAUACCUUGUCAGUUAAUCAGGUCACCAAGAAUGACACUCAAGCCCUCCUAAAGGUGGAAGCGGUCUCGGAUCACUCUAAGAAACCACUCUUGUGUAAGGUUGAUACUGGCGCUGAGGGAAACGUUAUCUCUCUGAGUACGUACAAAUCACUCUUCCCAAAUGCAUCCUGUAACCCUGGUGGCAUUCCCACUAGCCUCACACCAUCCAGCACCAUCAUCACUGCAUUUGGUGAACAUACUGUUGGUCAAUAG